ACCACAGACACGACAAGGAUUAUCAGCAGCAGCAGCAGCAACAGAAACACUGGGGAAACUCAAGCUUUUCUGUUAAAUAGUUUGACAUUUAACGAUUAUCUACGCGCUCAAAUCCAACACUGAAAAGCUACAGUUCAAAAGUAUGAAAGCAGGUUGAUGUUUUGCUACGCACACAAGUAAAACACUAACUAGCUCACACAGGGACGCCAAGUCCAGUCUACCAGGUAAAAAAAAAGAUACAAGAGGUAAGUGUCCCUGUAGUUCCUGAGCCAAUUUUAAAGGCAGUUACAACAAGUUUUUACACCAAAUUCCUGUUUUACAUCGAUUUAGAGUUGAAGGAACUUGUGCUGUACCAAGAUGAUUUGUGUUUUCAUCUUUUAAAAAAUACUAGAGGUUGAUAAUUGAGAGCUUAUUCCCUCAACAAACAACAACCACAAAAACCUAUAGAAUUUGAAUGGAUGGAAAUCCAUUCAAUAUCUCAUAAUGUCAGAGCCUUGAUAAUACCAAGUCAGAAUGGUAGUAUCUCAUUAUUGUAAGGAACAAACCAAUAUAUUGUCAUGGCCAAUGUUAUUGGUCGAUUUUAGCUCAUCACAGAAGAAAUUGUCCCAGUUUGGCCUCCAGGGAGCACUGGCAAGUUUAUUUUUUAAAGUGCUCCAUUCAGUAUAUUUAAUCACAGCUGCCUAAUAACCAGAUCCUUACCAAAAAUGUUUCUUUUGUCGCGUGUUUAUUUAAUGAAUGUAAAUAUACAUGUAUUCUUUUUCUAUGAAAUGCUACACAUAGGAGCUAGAACUUCAAAAGUCAUAUAUAAGAGGAACUGAAAUACAUGUUAUUUAGCAUUAAAUAUAUGCUAAUAAUUAGUUGGUUUUUUUUUCCUGCAGAGGUCACAGUGUGCAGACUUUUCACUUUGUUGCAUGCUUAUUUUAAAAAACAAAUAUUGGCCACUCUGUUGUUCUCAUUCUUCUUCACCCUCAAAUUAUGAUAUGGGCUAAAGGUCAAUUUAAUUUAAUUGAAUUUUUAAUCUUUUACUACAUUUUCAAACUGUUUUGUGUCAACAGUUUCAAAUUCAACCCAUGUUGUCUCCUGCAUGGCUUUAAUGUGAAUCUUAAAUCAUACACAACCAGACUAUAGUAGGCUGACUGUAACUCAGUGCAAUAACUAAAAAUCUGUGCAGAAAUCAUUGUAAUUAUAAGAAGAAAGUUGCCUGUGUUGGUUUGUCCAGUUAGUAGGAUGUUAACAUUUGCUCAGUCAGCAGGACUACUGUAAAGAAGGAUCCACAAAUCUCAAACACAAACAAUGCCUAACGUUACUUACACCAAUUUUCAGAUUGACGUCCAUGGAGCUAACCCAAAUUCAUGAUCUUAUAAUCCAACUGUUCAGCCUGAUAAAAAAAAAGGGGGGGUGGUGGCACGUGGCUGGGAUGAUGGUGACGUCACCGCUGAGACAUUUUUUUGAUUGGCUCCUUCAGAUGAACAGCACGCCUUGACACACAAAUAACAGCGCAGCCUGUAGCGCCUUGCUUAAUUAAAAAACACACCCAUUACUUGUCCUCCUUGGCUGUUUUUUUGGAGGAGACUGAUAAGUAUGUGAAGAUCAGGCUAGUGUUGCUGUCUGUUGGGACCAAAUGCAUGUGGUCUAAAUAAGAGGACCAAGUUAUUGUUGUAAAAUAUGACAAAAAUUCACAUAUUAUAUUAAAUAUUAUAUCCUCUCUGAGCGAUUCAGAUUCGCAGGUUUCUUGUUUAAAAGCUCUGUUGGCCUUGUUUCUGCUGGAUUUGUCAACACAUCAACCUGUGCAAUCAUUUUUGGAGCAUCCAAAAAUAUUCCCAGAUCUGGGUCCCUUGAGAAGAAGCGGUGAAAAACACCACCACAGGCAGCAAGAAAAUAUCUCUGCAGUCACAAAACCAUACAUUUACUGUUCAGGUUUACAUUAACAAAACUGAAAUCCUGCAAAACACCAUCAAACAGAAAUGCAGCUUUUUGCUUUUUUUUUUUUUUUUUUGGCUGAGUGUCAAAACAUUUUAGACAAGCCUGCAGCAUCAGAAGGAGCUGAGAAGCCCUUUUACAUUCAGACACAGAGCUUCCUCUCUGUGCCUCUGCCUGUGAGUCUGUAUCUCUAAACCGUUGACCUUACAAAUGAGCACGCUGCAUCAUUGCGAGAAUUGGUGUUUCUGGGCGGUGCAAAGUGGAGUAGAGCACAUCAGAGUGCAGGAUAUCUGAGCACAGCGGCGCACAGAGAGGCAGGCACAUCCGCCGCUGGAGGGAUCAAAUCUGUACCAUCUGACGCUCAAGGAUUUAUGGGUUUAGUCAAAAUUGCUUUUCCCACUGUGGAGAUUAAGCACCGUAGGAUGUUUUCCACUCAGGCCGUAGAAUAGCCUAGUGUAGCUGCUGCUGCUGCUGCUGCUGUUUCUGUGUUUCUCCCCUCUUAUCGGCUCCAGCGCUGGAGAAGGGAAUGUCUCAGGAAGGUAGAGUGCUCCAAACCCUGGAAGGGAGUAGAUUCUGACUGACAAGGAGAGGUCCGUCCUCUGGGGAAUGUGAACCAUGCAGGUGGACGCUGUUCUUGUGCUCUUCUGUGUCUGGCUCGUGGGAGCAGCUGGGAAGAUGGCCCAGUCCAGGGGUCACAAGCUGGAGACCUACAAACAAAGCAGGUCGCGAAGAGAGACCAGAAUGGAGGGUGGUGGAGGUCACAAAUCUGGAAGCCCAAUUUACAAACGAAGCCCAGACAUGACAAAAUCACCGAUGACGAAAUCUGAGCAGCUCCUGAGAAUAGACGACCACGAUUUCACCAUGAGACCAGCGUUUGGAGGUCCUCCAAUUCCUGUUGGGGUAGAUGUUCAGGUUGAAAGUCUGGAUACCAUCUCUGAAGUAGAUAUGGACUUCACCAUGACACUGUACCUGCGUCACUACUGGAAGGACGAGCGGCUGUCGUUCCCGAGCACCAACAACCAGAGCAUGACCUUUGACAGUCGCCUGGUGAAGAAGAUCUGGGUUCCUGACAUGUUCUUUGUCCACUCCAAGCGCUCUUUCAUCCACGACACCACCACCGACAAUGUCAUGCUGAGGGUUUAUCCUGACGGCAACGUCCUCUACAGUCUCAGAGUCACUGUCACUGCCAUGUGCAACAUGGACCUCAGCCGCUUCCCCCUGGACACCCAAACCUGCUCGUUGGAGAUUGAAAGCUAUGCGUACACAGAUGACGACCUGAUGUUGUACUGGAAGAAAGGAAAUGAAUCCCUGAACACCGACGACAGAAUAUCUCUGUCCCAGUUCCUCAUCCAGAAAUUUCACACCACCACCAAACUGGCUUUCUACAGCAGCACAGGCUGGUACAAUCGUUUGUAUAUCCACUUCACCCUGCGGCGUCACAUCUUCUUCUUUCUGCUGCAAACCUACUUCCCUGCUACUCUGAUGGUCAUGCUGUCCUGGGUGUCCUUCUGGAUUGACCGCAGGGCCGUACCCGCCAGGGUGCCACUAGGCAUCACCACAGUGCUCACCAUGUCCACCAUCAUCACCGGGGUCAACGCCUCCAUGCCGCGGGUCUCCUACAUCAAGGCAGUGGACAUUUACCUCUGGGUCAGUUUUGUGUUUGUCUUCCUGUCGGUGAUAGAGUACGCAGCGGUCAACUACCUCUCCACCGUACAGGAGAGGAAAGAGAGGAAGCUGAGGGAGAGACUGCCGUGUACCUGUGGCAUCGGCAACCCAGACGAGAUGAUGAUCGACCCCCAGAUCACUGGCUAUGGGUCUAUGGAUGUCAACACCACAGGGAAUUAUGGGAUGCCGGAGAAUGGCGGCCGCCAGGAGCGAAUCUUGGCCCAGGUGGCACUGAACGACCCGCAAAUCGCAAGCCAGGUGAAGCCGUCCAGAGGCUAUGUAAACAUUUGGAUAGACACCCACGCCAUAGACAAGUACUCGAGGGUUGUCUUUCCUGGUGCGUACAUCCUCUUUAACAUCAUCUACUGGUCCAUCUACUCGUAACCCGGGACGCAGAGGUGCAACAUCUGUGAGAGAGUCGUCCAUGAUGGGACUGUGGGAGCUCGUUUGUACAAGAGCAGGAAACAUGACAUUGCAUUAAAUGCUUUUCAGGCAAAGAAAAACUGCUCAAGAUGCAUGGAGACUACUGACAGAGACUGGUGACCAUUGCCUUCUUGACCCAGCCACUUAAAACUGAGGUAGUGACAAACAGGACAAUCAUUGCCACUGGUUUUGUCAAUCCAUCAAAUCGUUGUGGUUUCAUGUUGUUACUGUAGUGCUGUUGACAGGAAGACGCUUGGAUGAUGUUGUCGCCUGUGGACUUACUGCACACAGAGAUUAACACAAACAUGUUUAAACACAUUUAAAUUCUUGAUGCAGUGACUCUGACCAUGUUUUCAAAACUGGAAAUGUGACCUGAAAAAUGAUUUCUGACAGUGCUAGCAUACGGACAGAUUCCUCCCCCUUUGCUAAUGAACUAGACUUGACAAUCAAUGGCAAAUUAAUAAUAGUUUGACAUUUUGGGAAAUGCACUUAUUUACUUUCUGUUUGAGAGUUAGAUUAAAAGAUUAAUACCAGUUUCACAUCUGUCUGUUAAAUAUAAGACUACAACCAACAACCAGUUAGCUUAGCAUAUAGACUGGAAACAGGGGGAAACAGCUAGCCUGAAGGCAAAAAAAAAAAUAAAAAAUUACCUAUCAGAAACUCUAAAGCUCACAAGUUAACAAAUUAUAUCUCUAGAUAUGUAAAAGCAAAAAAAUUGCAGUUUUACAGAUGGUUACGUGCCGGACUAUUUCUUAUCUGGUACAAGUAACUUCCUGCAAUCUCAGUUGUUAACUGGUCACCACAAAAGAGUGGAUUAGCGUCACUUUCCAAAAUUGUGGAACUAUUCCUUUAAAAACCUGAUAAUCAGAUUAUUCUUGUUCUUAAAGUUUAAUUCUUCUUUUGCAGCACGUUAGUAUGAUUCAGUAUAUGUUACAUUUUCUUGUGAUCUUUGUAUCAAUGCAGUUAUUUUGAUGUUAAGCUAAUUACUGCGUAUUGCAUUCGUGUAAUUUGACAAGGUUUAGGAAAAAAGCUAAAUAAGUCUAUUAAAGUCACAAAUGUAAAAAUAUAUGUUUAGUAAAUCCCAAAUACUGAUAAUGAUAUUGACUUUUAUUUUUUAAAUGUCCUUAUUUCUUCUUUUUUUUUUAUACAACUGAAGCUCAUCUCCUCUGUUAGGUGUUGUGAGGCUUUGAGGUUCACUGUGACCUGUUAGUUGCUAGUUUUAUUGUUUUUCAGCUUAAAACAACUUUAUACUUUGUCAAGCAAAAGAUAUUUAAAAAAAAAAACAUCUUCAUGAGAAAAUGUAUUAACCAAAAACACAGGCAUAAAUUUAACUCUUGAAAGAUGUUAUAUGUGAGAAAAUGUCUAAUAAAUGUUUUGUUUUCUGAAAAA